CUCAACAGUCACACAGGAAGAGAUCACUGCUCACUUCAUACUUCAGUCAGUCAGCAUCAAGACAACAUGGAGGUCAGAGCUUUUUGCAUCACACUGUUGACUGCGAUGAUCCUGCUGUGUGCACAGGAUCAGGAAGUCAAUGCAGCUUUUCUUCGUACCUCUCCAAACAGACUGCAGUUCUUUGAAUUUGAGUCGGUCACUUUUUACUGUGAAGGAGUCUUUUACUGUGAUGUUGAACACAAGUCGAUUGGGGCGAAGCCCUCAUGUUGCACCACUAAUAACAAAACAUUUAGAGGACCUACCUGUACCAUUAAAAAUUUUUACCGAGAUGACUCUGGAAAGUACUGGUGUCAAGAAGGAGGAGAGAGAAGAAACAUCAUCAACAUCAAUGUUGUUUAUGGUUCUGUGAUCCUGGAGAGUCCUGCUCUUCCUGUGAUGGGGGGAGAAGAUCUGACUCUGAGCUGCAGAACCAGAAAAUUUUCCUCCAACAUCCAAGCUGAUUUCUAUAAAGAUGGAGUCCGCAUGUGGAGAAGCUCCACAGGAAAUCUGAUCAUCAGAAAUGUCUCUAUGUCUGAUCAAGGAUUCUACAAAUGUAACAUCUCUGGAGUUGGAGAAUCACCACAGAGCUGGCUGACUGUUGGAGUUUCUACUGAACCUGACCGACCAGAAGAAGAAUACGAAGACUCUAAUCCUGCCUCCUUUUCCUCCUCAAUUACAUUUUGGAUCGUCAUUGCUGUCUUGUUGAUACUGCUCUUGUUGGUCGUGGGACUACUAAUCUGCUUUGGCAGAUUUGCCUGUUGCAGAGAAAUUUGUCCACAUUCAUCCGCAGUGACUAAUUCAGACUCAUCACAGCAUCAGACAGUCUCUGUACAGGCCAGUGCACCUGAAGCAAGCCCAGCAAUGUAUGCUACUGUAACGAAGACCAGGAAGAAGAACGCGGAGUCCAGCGCUCCCUCAGCACGCCCUGUUGAUGGUGAGGUCUACUAUUCUACAGUCCAGUAUGUUGCUAAGCGUUGACUGAAAGGAGGAGCUCUGUGAUCUACAUGAAAACCAGGAAGUGACACAAUUAGCUACAUGCACAAGCUACAUCUGUAGGUGGUCUACCACUCAACCCGGCCAAGUCUUUGUCAAGGUUCUGGGUAAUUCUACAAGCUGAAAUGGAAAAGUUAAAAAUCUGUUGAUCUCACGCCUGUUGUCUUUUUCUUUUUUUUCUGUUCAAAAACAAAUAUUGUUAUACGCUGUAUAAUGACAAUAAAGGCAUUCUAUUCUAUUCAAAUGUGUUGAUCUUGACAGCGUGUGCUCUCUAACCAACGUAUCAGAGAGGUUUCGGUUUAUUUUCGUCAGGCAGUUUAACAAACUUGUUCCAUCAGCUUCAUCUGUUCAAACAGUUUCUCAUCAGAUGAGCGCAGCUGCUGCUUCUAAAUACGAUGCAGUUAGCUGCGUAUCUGAAAGUGUUGUAUUGCCUUUUCUUAGGUUGUGGUCACCAAAGAGACGAGAGUUUCUUGUGAGAGAAUAAAAGUCACAUGCUACACUU